AUGGGCAUCCUAUGCAACUCCGACACUGUUAGAAGCCUCAAGGAACACACGAAGAGACUUCUUUGUUUUGUUAAUUACUACAAAUGGCUAUCGGAUGCUUAUGUGGUAGAGUUUUUUGUUAAAGACCACUGGAACACUAUCCCUAAACAAUGGCAAGACGUGCUGCAAGAUCUGGAAAUAGAUGUAAUGGGAUCACUGUUGAUGCAGUCCCCGAAAGCGGAGACGUCUUUCUGUAAGGUGUGGCCUUUGUCUUUACUGGCCUAUCGCAGCGCAGCCCAUGCACUGGCACUGAGCAGAACGCCGCGCGAUACAGACGACGAAAUACAACACGUGCUGAAGAAAACAAAGCCUUGUUAUGAACCACUACCUCAUCACUACCGACGACACGUAAAACCAAAGAAACAGUACGAGAUAAGCCGAUUAGCUAAACUCAUCUACGGGGUAUCUGAGCAAGUUCUCUGUAAAAACCUCGUAGAUGUGGGAUCUGGACAAGGACACUUGACAAGGCUUUUAUCGUUCGGUUAUGGGCUCAAUAUAACAACGGUUGAGGCAGAAGGGUGUCACAUCAGUGGAGCAAAUAAAUACGACAGGAAAUUGAAAAAGUUUAUUGAUCUAAAGACUAUUGAGAACCCAAGUAAGUUGAAAGGCAUCAAGCAAAGUGAGGCGAUAGAAUCGCUUGUUCCCAGUCAUGUUAUAUAUCGCAUUGAUCCUUCUAUUGCCGUUGAUAACUUCUUGACUCUAAUCUCAGAAAAUAAAAAUUCAAUGCUCGCGAAUGGAACAGCACAACAGAAAGGAACGCCUGAUUUGUCAGAUAUCAACGAUGCAUUGCAAUGUGUUAGCAGUGACUUAGAUAAUGAAAAGAAUAGUGCUGCAGGACACAGUGAAAAACAGAAUGAUAAGUUUGUUUUUGCUGGGUUACACACCUGUGGAGACUUGGGACCAACAAUGUUAAGAGUUUUCACAAAAUGUUUAAAUGCCAAGGCAUUGGUAUCUGUUGGAUGCUGCUAUUCAAAAAUGACCUGCAAGACCGUACAACCUGCACAACCUCCCCAUCGUGGGAAAUCAUGUACACACAGUGACUGUAUAGAUGAAGUGAAAACACAAAGAAUAGGGGGGGAUGACCCAACUAUCAGCCAACCUGUAGGGUUCCCCAUGAGUUGUUGGCUGGAAAGUAUCCCAAAUCAUGAACUAAAUUAUGAGCCCAGAGAGUUAGCGUGCCAUUCUGUAGACAUAUACUGUCAACGAUUACGUGAUGAAGAUCCUAAUAUAAUACUACAGUCUUACCGCGCCAUAUUGGAAAUAGUUAUCCAGAAACAAGCACCCGACUUAACACAACAUCAUUCUGGGGUCAGACAUAUUAAAAAAACAAUGCAUAAUAUUAAAAAGGGUCAUGAUAUGCCCCUUGAAAGCUAUAUAUCCGAUGCUUUGAGAAAAUUGGGCAUUCCACCAAUUUCGUUUGCUGAAUUUAAAGAUUUGAGGGAGUGUUUGACGAGAUGGAAACAACAUAUAGCAUUUCAUAUUUUGAGAUCGUUAACUGCUCCUGUCAUAGAAUCACUUAUUUUAAUUGAUAGGAUGAUAUAUUUACAUGAACAGGGCAUUGACAGUGAACUUAUUCCAUUGUUUGAUCCAAAACUUUCUCCAAGAAACUUUGUGCUAGUUGCUUUGAAAAACAAUGAGUGA